UGAACAAAAUUUAAAUGUCAAUUUGUAAACUUGAUGAGCUUUUUUAGGUUAUGUGUCAAGUUUUGGAAAAUUUAUAAGUAUUACAUAUAUUUAAACUCAAAAAUGUCUAACAAAAAUAAUCCAGCUCCAGGAGAUGGUUUAAGAUCAGUUAAAACAACGAGUUUAUUUAGAGUAGUGAACUUUGAGCUUUAUACAAAACCUAAUGCGGUUAUAAUGGCCCUAGGUUUAAUAGCUAUUAGUGGUUGUGCAGGGUAUAUUGCUUAUAUGAGAAGUAAAUAUGAAGGACUAGGGUAUUAUGGUGCUAUUAAAGAAGAUGGUACUGAAGAGUUUGUUAAGAGAAAAUCGAAAUGGGAUUAAUACUGAAGAGAUAAAUAUUUAUUUUAUGGACAAGUGUAUUAAAUGUAAAUAGUGUAAAAUAAUUUUGCGUUAUAUUAUGAAUGUAAUAAAAU